UGAGAUGUGACUGGCAGAGAGUUGUACAUGGAUUAACAUUCUUUCAUGGUAUUGGUUGGUGGAUUGAUCGCUGGGGGGAGUUGUCAACGUAUGAAUUCAAAUUUGGGGACGGGAUUGUGGCGUGUUGGACCGAGGGUUUGUUUGUAAAUGUUUGUUGAGGAAUGUAUGGUAUUUCGUGAGUGUCGGUUUUAAUUGCUUGUGUUAAUUGCUGUAUUAAUAAUGGAACUACUUGAUGAAUCUAAAGAAAAUAUCCAGCCACUGCGUCGUGGGCGAAAUAUUUCAACGUUGAAUACGGCCCUUCAAGCUCAAACAGAUGCCGAGAUUCAUCAUCAGUUAAUGAAAGAACGCGAGGAGUUCGAGAUUUUAGUACGAUCGUACGCGGGAGAUGAUCCUCUCCAGCCGUGGUACGAAUAUGUAUUAUGGGUUGAACAAAACUUUCCCAAACAUGGUCGAGAAGGAAAUCUGAAAACACUACUGGAAAAUUGUUUAUUGCAAUUUAAGGAUAAUGAACAGUAUUCUCAAGAUGUGCGAUAUAUUGACUUAUGGACUAGAUAUAUGAGUUUUGCUGAUGAUCCCUUAGGCAUGUACAAACAAAUUCAUGCAAAAGGAAUUGGAGCCCAAUGUGCAAUCUUUUAUCAAUGUUGGGCAGAAGAAUUUGAAAAAGCAAAUGAUAUGAAACGUGCUGAUCAAAUUUAUAUAGAAGGACUUAAGAGAAAUGCACAACCCAAAGAUGAAUUGGUUGCAGCACAUACUAACUUUCAGGUCAGAGUUGCACGUAGUAUUCUUGGUCAGAAUCCAAUAAUGAAUCAACCAUCAGAAAUUGAGGAAAGAACUGCAUUGUCCACAUUAAGAGCUCAUGGCCGUAAGAAAAAUAUGGUGGAUUCAAAUCGCGUUGGCAACAGUAUCAGACGUGCCACUCCUGGCGUGUUACGGCCACAUGCAAAUGUUGCUUUGGCAGAUAGAAGAAAUGGCAAUGUGCAAGCCUCUAAAGUUGUGGUGUAUAAUGAUGAAAAUGCUCCUUUUACUGAUGCUGUAGCACAUCCAGUAGUGAAAACAUCUGUUUCACUCUCUCAACCGAAGUCAGAAAAUAAAGAAAACACCUUGAAGCCAGGACGUUGGAAUGAAGGAAAAUUCAAAAAGAAAAGUUCUGCUUCUGCCAUUGGAAUGAGUGGUGUGCCUGCAACACCUAGGGCUCCUUCUUUUCAUGAGCAAUCGCAUGAAAACAAAGAUGUGGAUAUGAGUUUUGAAACUCAAGAUGCUGAAUUAAAAGUGUCCUUUGAAGAAAAAGUUGUUAGCAUCAAUGGUGACCAAAAUUAUAUAUCGGAAGAACGUCAUUGUCAACAGUUGAAUAUUCAGCAGGAGGAAGUUUGUAUUUCUGAAAGGACUGAAAUGAAGCAACUGUGUCAAAAUAAUAAUUUUGAAAUUUACACGGAAGCCGAAGAGGAAAUGAAUGCCAAGAUGAAACAAAGACCUCUGAAGGAGUUUCAGCAAAAGGAAAGGAUUCCUGCUGCCGCUCCUGUGCAAACUUCUUUUUUGAAAGAUCUUCCUGCUUCAGGAUUUUUGAAAGUUCCCAGAACAAUACUGGAACGUAAGGAGAGUAUGGUACCAUCAACUGAUGAUAUGUUUUACAGUGGACCCUCAUUUGAACAGAAAGAAAGUGAUCAGUCCCUCACAGUGCACACUAAAGCUGUGUUGAAUGAAGUAAAAGGCAUGUGGGUGUCCUCACCUCAGGCUGAAUCAAAUCCGCCACGAGUAUCACUUGCUCCAAAAUCUAUUAGUCAUGGAAGAGUUAAUACUAAUUCAACUCCUCUCUCCUUCACACCAUUUAAGAUAUUUAGUGACACUUCUGCAAAUGUACCAGAACAAGCCAGCAUAGUUAAUGUGCAUUUUGGCAAGGAGGCCGAAGGAAGAAAAAUGGAAAAAGAAAGAGAAGUCGAAAUAGCAGAGAAUCGAAAACAAGUUUCUCAACCCGGGUUCCCACAAAGAAACCCUCUUUCACGAAAUUUAUUUCACACUCCUUCGUCAAACAAUAGGCAUGACCCAGAUGAUGUUGAGAUGCAAGCCAUGGAGCAGAAUUCUGAAUCAGCUUUAUACAAGGAAAGAGGUAUUUUCAAAAGCUCCAACCAAGAACCUACAUCUUUUCCUCGGAACUCUUCAGAGGAUGCAAGGGAUCAGGAUACCCACAGAGAUGAUUUCAAAAUUUUCAAAGUCCCUUCAGCUAUCUCUGUGAAGCAAGACAAAGAAAUGUCAAAACCAGCGAUGGAAAUUCCUUUUGUGCCGUCACCAGGAAUGACUCCAGGACAGUUAGAAGCUUUGAAAGGUACCGAAGAUAAAGAAAACAUGCUUCGGGAGAAAUCUGAACAAAUGCCCCAACUUUCUCGAAGUAAGAAAAGUAUUCUUCAACCAUCAAAGGAUGUUUAUUUUGUUCCUCUGGAACAGCAAUUGGCAGAGGAUGAUAUGUCCCAAGGAAAUGUUUUGUCGGAUGAAACUUGCUGCACAGAAGCAUUUGCCAUACCUCUGGUAUCUUCUACACCUAUGCUACAUCCUCACUUGAAAACAAAGGUUCAUGAAGCAAAGCCAAACCAGGAGGAGGAGCAAGUAGAUGAUAACACAAUGAAUCUAAUAGCAUAUCUACAACAAAAAAAUAUUCGUGAAAGUGUGCUCCCUGCUAAUGGAACCAAUACAAAACCCCAACUUGUUAAUCAAACUGAUAAUGUCACUGUAGUACCGAAUUCGACACGAAUGCCAAGGAUGUCUGCAGUAACCACCCAAUUAAGUACAAUUUUGGAGUCAUCAGAUCGAAGAAAAAGUUCAAUGGGAACCAUUGAUGGUAGUGGUUCUUCUAAAUCGAGUGGAUGUGACACAAUUUCAAAAUAUAAUAAUACCAGAAAAAGUAUUUCUUCUGCCUACCAUCAAAUUUGUGAACUUGAACUCCAAGAAGAAAUUGACAUGUUCAGGAAUAUAGACCAUAAUCAAAGGCCAUCACCUUCAGGAUCAUUGAUGUUUUUCUCUGGAAGUUUUAGAAGUCGUUGCUGGGAAAGUUCUGGGUUUCCUUCAGAAGUACACAAGAUGAAUUGCGUGGAAUUGCAUAUGCCGUUUGAUAUAAAUAUUAGAGGAGGGAGUUCAUUUGUUCUUGGAGAGAAUCGAUACCAAGUUUUUGAAGUAAUUUCUGAGGAGACAGGAAUGUUGUCCUUCUUUGCAUAUGAGGACUUCUCCAAGAGACGGGUAUACAUGGAAUUAAAAGAUAACGCCUAUCUUUGGGAACAAUAUAUAAGAGAAGAAAUUAAACUAAGAGUCAGGGAUAAAUCCAAGUUGCAGCAUUUUGAUAUAAAUGACAAGACAUAUAUAUUUGCCAAUAAGUUCCUCAGAGUAUUUGAGAAGGAUGCCAAAAAAGGGAGAUGUAUAAAAGAUAUUUUGGAACAGACAUUUGACGUCACUGAGUGUGCCUCUGAAAUCCUUAAUAUAGUGUUUCAUCUGCAUCAGUGCAAAAUAGUUCAUGGAAGUUUGUCAUUAGAGUCCUUCAUGUUCAUAUCCGAUGAUUUAUUUUUAAAUUGUUUUGAGAAAGCUGUUGAUUUGACUCUACUUCCAUCCAAUACGGUUUUUGAUGCUACUGAAGAACCGUUGUAUCAUAAGUUGCGUGCGCAUAAGCUUUCACCGUUCCAGGUGGAUUACAUUGCCUUAGCAAACAUUUUGCAUCAACUAGUCUUCAAGGAGCCAAUGAAAGUCCAUGAGGAGAUGGGAAAGAAUUAUGACAAGACUCUGUGGGAUAUUUUGUUCACAGAACUUCUUAAUAGUAGUGAUGUUAAUUUGCUGCAGUUUUGUUAUGCUUUGGAGCAAGGCAUUAAUUCUUGAAAAGACAGAGUUCAUUGAGAUGGAAUAAAAAAUUGUGUUAUUGUAAUUAUUGCUCUCCUGUAACUUAAGGUAUUUUUAUGUAUUUUAUUUAUUAAGUAAACAUAACUGUAUAAUAUAUGAAUAAUAAAAUAUUUUGUAUUUUUUACAUGUUGAAAUGUUUGCUUUUCCA